AUGCGCCAUCAUCUCAUUGAAGGUCUUAAGGAUCAGUACAUGACGAUUGAGAAUCCAUUGGAUCUUUGGAAUGCUUUAAAGCAUAGAUAUGAUCACCAAAAGAUGGUGUUGCUUCCAAAGGCAAGGCACGACUGGAUGCAUCUCAGAUUCAUGGACUUUAAGUCCGUGGACGAGUAUAACUCAGCCUUGUUCAAAAUCGUCUCAAUACUAAGGCUGUGUGGUGAAGAAGUGUCUGAUGUUAUGAUGCUUGAAAAGACCUAUACGACUUUCAAUCAGUCAAAUUCUGUGUUGCAACAGCAAUAUAGAACCAAAGGUUUUGCCACAUAUACUGAUCUGAUCUCCUGUCUACUCUUGGCCGAGGCAAACAACGAGCUUCUCAUGAAGAACAGUGGAGCUAGACCGGCCGGGACAGCACCAUUACCCGAAGCCCAUGAUGUUGAAAAGAAAGAUCCCAAAGAAUCAAACUACGCCCAAGACAACAGGAAACCAUACGGUCAUGGCCGUGGUGGGUACAGGGGGCGUAGGCGUGACAACCAUAACGGUCGAGAUAACUACUCAACCGGCCGAAGGGGAAACCACAAUAACCGUGGUCGUGGUUCCAAUUACGGUCGGGGCCGAGGGAGUUAUGGCCGUGGACGAGGUGAGAACGGUCAUGACGACAAAGGAUAUGGGUAUGAGGCUGAUGAUGAAUCCGACAAGGACAACAAGGAUGACCAAAUGGAUUUUGAAACAUCUGACUGUCUAAAGGAUUAG